UUAUCCUCUUGGCGCUUCCACUCAUCCGUCUCUCGUCGUCAUAUCACUGAUGACGUCUCUUCCGAUGAUCCUCGCAUCCUCUCCUCCGCGAAACCUAACCAAACCUUCUUCUUCAACUUCUCAAUUCCCAAAUCCCGUUCAAAGUUCACCAAAACAACUCGGAAACUUAUCCAACAAAACCCAUCUCUCCCUUACUAUCUCCCAACUCAUCCUCACGUCCCCUGUUCUCGCAUCUGAGUCCUUCGACUCAAUCUCAGACCCACCUACCGGAAAAAUCGAUUUGGAGUCAGUCUUGGUCACGAUUGACAAUUUCUUCAACAAGUACCCAUUUUUCGUAGCGGGAUGCACUUUCAUGUACCUUGUGGUGUACCCGGCUGUGAUUUUUUACUUGAGGAAGUAUAAACCAAUAUCCGCCGUGAACGCGUUUCGUAAGCUCAAGAACGAACCUGAUUCGCAGCUUUUGGAUAUUAGAGAUGACAAGACUCUGGCUUUAUUGGCCUCACCGAAUCUUAGGUUUCUUGGUAAGAGUUCAGUUCAGGUUCCGUUUAGUGAGAGUGACGAGGAAGGGUUCUUGAGGAGAGUUAAAGGAAGCUUCUCUGACCCUGAAAAUACAGUUGUCUGUGUUCUUGACAAUUUUGAUGGUAACUCGUCAAAAGUGGCUGAAUUGCUGAUCGAGGAUGGCUUCAAAGAGGCUUAUUAUAUCAGGGGAGGUGCGAGAGGGAAGAAUGGUUGGUUGGCCAUUCAAGAAGAGCUUUUGCCUCCACCUGUGCAUAUGUUUACUGCGAAAAAUGUUAAAUCAUCAAACAAUAAUGAAGCGUCCAUUGUUGGAACUGAGAACUGAUUCAAGAACAUAGCCUAGUGUGGUGUGGAGGUUCUCAUUCUUGUGGCAAGACAUGAUACUACCAAACCAUGGAAGAGAUGCAUUGAGAAAGCUUCUCUAGGGUGGAAGAGUUUUAUAUAUUGAUACACUUGAGUAGAUUUCAAGACCACUCUAUGCUUCACAAAAGCUAACCUUGUCUACAGAAUGAUUUCUCAAGCCAUUCCAAUACAAUGAGACCAGUUAUUCUUUUGAAGUUUUUAUGCUUCUGUACCUUUUCAUAUAUGGAUUGUAUGACUAGUUAUAACCAUAGAAGGAAACAGUUUAUGUGUAAUGCUCCUCCUGAGAUGGUUUGAAAAAAUUCACCUACGAUUUUUUGAUAAAUUAUCUUUGAGAUU